UACGGUUAGGGUUAGGGUUAGGAGUCAUGGGGAAAGAAUUCAAUUUACAGUACAAGGUUUUUACAUAUGUGGGGGAAGGGCGGGCAACGAUCUUUGGGUGCUCAACUCUCAACUUGGGUUCGGACCGGAAAAGGUGUCGUUCAAGAUCGAGACUCGAAGAAGGCGUUCGACGAGAGACGCCGAGUAUUUCUAUCAAUGGCUGACGACCAGCCCAACAAAUACGGUUCACGGAAUCACACGAAGAGCAAAUCCUCCAGGGCGCUGCGGCGAGACGAUUCCAUGGGGUGUCUUCAGAACGGAAGCUGCAGCGAGAGGCUGGACAAUAUGGAGUUUGGCCAUCUGGAGCGAUGCGAACACCCCACAUAUGCCUUGCCACACGUGCGAGGCGGAGCGGGAUCUCCUGAGUUGGCAGAUGGUAGGAAUAAGCAUUCAUCAGCCCUGACGGAGGAGAACAGACUACACCUGUCAGAGAAGCUCCGCGCGCACGGUGACCAACACGCCGUCAUCCUGCACGAUAAUCAAGACGUGCCCGAUCUGGAUUGGAUUCCGAAACCGGUUUUCGGGCUAGCGUACAGUAAUCCCUUCGUCUUCUUUAUUGAUGGGACGGCACGAUUGUACGCAUAUGAUUUGAUGGGGAGAGAUAUGUUUUUAUUGGGAGAGACCCCUGAAAUCGGGCUGCAACGGUGGAUGGAUCCAUAUGCAGACGACUGGCCUGCGUUAGACCCGCAGAAUGGCAAGUGGAUGGGGUAGACCGUGCUCAUAUAUGAUGGUUUACCAUGGAGUUCAUGCGCUGGGAAGCAUAUUUGCUGUAUUGUACUUGUGCCGCAAACAUAGCGAUUGAUUUACUAGAGGUUCAUCUGCUGUGCCAUAGAUAUGAUUGAUAAGCGUCGUAAAAAAACAGACAAUUCCAAC